AUGCCUGAAAAUCAAAUCGGUCGUACUAUUCUUGUGUCGACUAAAACGUUCGAAGACCACCUCGCUGCACGCUACUCGGGAUCGAUCGAGACAAGCAAGGAGUCCACGGUUCGGUCUUGCUUUCGUCCCAAGGGUGAGGCGGUUAUACUGAGCGGCAAGCUGUUGGAGCUGCUCGUUGAGUGGAUCAUUCAAGAUAACCUAGCCUUGUCUGUUGUGGAUUGUCCAUAUUUUGAGGCGCUCGUGGAGGGCAUGAAUCCAGCGUACCGUAUCCCAAGCCGCAACACCAUCAAGGCGCGCAUUUUGGAGCUGAUGGAAAGCACGAAGAUGCGCAUGAAGGCUUGGAUUGCGGAGGAGAAAUCAAAGGGGAAGCGCAAGCGGCGUACCAAAGAAGAUACUCUCCGUUCUACGGAGGCGGUGAUUCAAGUCGUGCAGUCUCUCGUUGCUGGACAGACUCCUGAAGUCGUGACGGCAAUGUCACGCACAUUGCCAUCCCUCGCUGAAAAUACCGCAAUUGCACCUUUACUUGCGAAUCCCAACACCCCUGUGGACAAUGCCGCCGCUUGUUAUCCUACAGAGGGGGUUCGCAGCAGGCCGAAGACGACGCGGAGAGUGUAA